GUACUUUUGGUGACUCGGGACUCCGUCGUCACAGAUGGACUUUCUAAUGUUGCUGUCAAAAGUGGAUGGCGUAAUAGCCAAGAGAUUGCGUAGAGAUGAGUGGGGUCCGUAAAGUGGAACUCUGCAACUGCAAGAUGCUUCUGACGGUCUACUGCGCGCUACUUCUAUGGAGGAUAGACGGCGUUGUUGAAAGCACUAAAGUGGUGAAAAGCAGUAUGCGGUACCAGACGACGUCCCCACUAAGCAGGGUUGGCCCAACAGCGACUCUGCGAGAUGUCGAACCAAAUUUCGUUGGGCCUAUCGAGAACGUCACAGUGGCUCUUGGUAGAGAAGCCGUACUCACGUGUUCAGUGUCAGACAUCGGUGAUUAUAAGGUGGCGUGGAUCCGAGCAGAUGAUCAGACAAUCCUGACGCUACACACGAAGCUAGUGACGCACAGUACCCGGUACGCGGUAACCAACGACUCACCAGGUUCGUGGCAGCUACACAUCCGGCCAUUGAAGGUGGAGGACCGGGGGUGUUAUAUGUGCCAGAUCAAUACUAGCACUAUGAAGAAACAAAUUGGCUGCGUCGAUGUACUAGUACCACCCAACAUAGUCGACGAAGGUACUAGCGGAGAUAUAGUGGCAAGAGAAGGCACAGAUGUAAGCAUCACGUGUAAAGCGGAUGGUAGACCUCUACCAAGGAUACUAUGGAGAAGAGAAGAUGUUACCAACAUACUUUUGAGGAAUGAAGAUGGUGAACUUCGUAAAGUUGAUAUGUACACCGGUCCAUCACUAAACCUCACAAAGGUGCAACGUCGACAAAUGGGUGCAUAUUUGUGUAUAGCAUCCAAUGAUGUACCGCCUUCGGUGAGCAAGAGGAUAAUGCUCAGUGUUAACUUUGGGCCCACAAUAAUGAUAGCGACGAAGGUGAUCGGAGUACCCACUGGAUCACAAACACAGAUGGAGUGCCUUGUAGAAGCUUAUCCUCCAGCCAUCAACUAUUGGCUAAAGAGUGGAGAGGAAAUGAUACUCUCUGGAGGAAAACAUGAGAUAAGCGAAGUUCGCGUCUCUUCUUACCAGAUAAGGACCGUCCUCACUGUUACAGAAUUUAGCAACGAAGACACUGGUACAUAUACCUGUAUAGCUACAAAUACGAUUGGCAAAUCUGAAGGGACUUUGAGAUUGUAUGAAAUAAAGAUAACUACCACGACGACAACAACAACGACAACAACGACUACCACAACAACGACAACCACGCCGUCAACAACAACAACAGAGUUUACAACACCGCAUCAUUACGUGGUGGCUUUACAACCAGCUGAGCAGAAAUUUUAUACACCCGAUGUGACAACAUAUGAUACAAUGCAGAACGUGAUAGAGCAGUCCGUCUUGGACAACAACUGGCAACCGACUGCGGGUUCUAGGAGCGUUAGCUACCACCAAGCUUUUUCUCUCCCCACCCUUACAAUUAUAUCAAUGUUGCCACAUCUCAUGAACUAUAUUAGUUAUGUAAAAAUGCUUACUUAUACUUAUAAACUUAGAUGUAAACCAAUGAUAAGAGGUGAAAGAUGA